CAGUAGGACUAGAGUCCUGGUAUGAGCUCUGUUGUGGUUUGCCUGGUCAGUAGUGUGCAGUGGUUCGUGUGGUCAGUCACAGGGUUUACACUCUGUCCUGGGAUGCACUGUUGACCACUUUCAUUGAUGAGUAGCUGGCCCUUCACUGGACAAGCUAAAGCAUCCCAGACUGGCCAAGAGGAUUUUUCGGUUUUCUGCCCUCUCACUGAGGACAAAGACUUUGUGUGUGUGUGUGUGUGUGUGUCCGUUUUCACACAUUGGAAUACGACUGGGUGUGAGAGAAGGAGAGAGAACAAGAGGCAACUGCUCUUUUUGUUUCGGGAUUAUAUUUUGAUUUGCUCAAUUGGAUUUUUAGAUGUUGAGACUGCUUGAGCUGAGCUUGUAUGGUUUCUCGGUGUCCGUGUGGAAAUAUGUACUUUUUCCCCCUCCAUGUGGAUUGUGUGUGUUUUGAUAUGUUGGGAUAAAUAUUGCUUUUGGGAGAUCAUUUGAGGAGACCGUGCCUUUCUACAGCACCUUUGGAGGUAUCGCUCUCUGAAAUUACUUUGGGGAUGACGGCAGUGUCUUAGCUCCCUAGGUUUCUCUAUCCUGGACGUAGAAGAUGGCUCUCAACUCCAUGUGAAGAGGACUGUUUUAAACCAACGUCUUAAAAGCAACGCUGGUCCACCCAUUGAUUCCAGACUACAAAGCAUUGUUGAAUUUUCCUGUGAAAUCUUUAACUGACUGGAGGCUUGUCCUGUGUCUGUCCCAGGUGUUAACCUCGACUUAACCCGGGUUAAACUUGGUCCUGACUUGGUCUUAGACAAGUUCUUAACCCGGACCAACCGGUGCACCUGGCUCAACUGGCCUCUCAAGACUUACGAGGGGGGAUCAACUUUCCACAAAAACAGGAACAGAGAGAGAGGGUGGAGGGUGGGGGACAUUCCCAUUCCAGAAAAAGGGGUCUCCUGCUUUCCUGAGUGUAAAUACGUUUCUCAGCUUACAUUGUGGACACAUGCCUAACUGUACUUUAUGGAUUUAUCAGAGUAAUUAUUGACACUGGCUGUCAUCUGGAGUUCUUGCCAUCUCCCAGCCUGGACUUUUAGCUGGAGAAAGGAGUAACCUUCCGCUUGUCACUGGUCACCAGGGUUUACAUGAGUUACAUGUCAGUCAUGAAUGUGGGAGUGUGUGUGAUAGCAGGGACACCCAUAGUUUCUAGGUUCUACCGUUUUUGGAGCGUUAAGAAACGUUCACACUCCUUCGUUCUUGAGUACUGAGUUGUGAAAUAUGCUGUUAAUAAAUCUGUUACGCUCCGCACCAAAGCUCUGCUAGCUACCUGUGGUGGUCGACCUGUAGUUGUGACAGAUAUCGUUCCAGAUAGCUCGGGUUCCCACUGCUCUCUGGGAGGGUUCAGAGACGUGUUGUAUUACUUCUGACCAGAGGAGAGAGAAAGGGGGGAGAGAGAGAGAGAGAGAGAGAGAAAUAGAGAGGGAGGGGCUGAUGACAAACAACCACUCCCCCGAGGGCUGAAGUUACUGUAGGUCAACAGCAGCAUCGGCACUGUGUGUGUGUGUGUGUGUGCGUGUGCGCGUCCGCAUGCGUGUGUGCGUCUAAGGGAGCAAUCAGAAUCAUGACCCAGGCCUAAAAAACACUUGGCUCUCAGAGACGGCAAAUAAUUCCACUCCAACGACAAAGGGGGAAUACCAGACCAGCACCGACCACUCUCCAGGCUUAGAGACACUGCUCACACCUCUGACCAGAGAAAAGAGAGACAGAAAAUAAGAGGGAGGGGAGGGGUGAGAGCCAAAAGAACAUAGAGGCCCAGGCUAUGGAUAUUUCAGUCAGCAUGGACACCGAGACAGAGAAUGGGACAGACUGGGAGUGUCUGUCUGACUGGGAGGCUAUCCCUCAGCCACAAGACGAUGAGAUCCAGGCCGAGGCCCAGGCCCAGUGGGAGACCUGGGACUGGGAGUCAGAGAGGGUCCCAGCCGUAUUGAGUCCCACGUAUAAGCAACGCAAUGAGGACUUCAGAAAACUCUUCAAGCAGCUACCCGACUCAGAACGCCUCAUUGUGGACUACUCCUGUGCCCUGCAAAGAGAUAUCCUGCUGCAGGGGCGCCUCUACGUGUCGGAAAAUUGGAUCUGUUUCUAUAGCAACAUCUUCCGCUGGGAAACGCUGCUGACGGUGCGGCUGAAGGAUAUCUGCAGCAUGACCAAGGAGAAGACGGCCCGCCUCAUUCCCAACGCCAUCCAGCUGUGCACUGACAAUGACAAGCACUUUUUCACCUCAUUCGGAGCGAGGGACCGGACAUACAUGAUGAUGUUCAGACUAUGGCAGAAUGCUCUGCUAGAAAAGCCCUUGUGUCCCAAAGAAUUGUGGCAUUUUGUCCAUCAGUGUUAUGGCAACGAGCUGGGUCUGACCAGUGACGACGAGGACUACGUGCCGCCGGACGAUGACUUCAAUACCAUGGGGUACUGCGAGGAGCUGCCCGUGGAGGAUAAUGACACCAACUUCGCCAAGAUGCCUGACGCCAAGGGAGACACCAGCCCCCUGUUGUCCCACAGAGCCUUUCCCAACAACGCCCUACCCUGUCCGAGCACGAUCGAAUCACUCCUCCCUUUUAACUUGGCUGUCGUGGACGAGUUCCCCCUGUGUCUCCCCGAUGGCGAACUCCUGACCCUCCAGUUGCCGGGGUUGGACAACCGGAGCAGUGGUCCCAGUAGCCCCGCCCCCUCGCCCUCGCUAGACUUCAACGACAACGAGGACCUCCCUACCGAGCUCAGCGACUCCUCCGAGACGCACGACGAAGCAGGGGAAGUGCAGGCCUUCCAUGAGGACCUGAAUGGGAAGCAGUACAUAAACGAGGUGUACGAGUUCAGCGUUGACAAGAUGUACGACAUCCUCUUCACCGAGUCCACCUUCAUGAGGGACUUCCUGGAGGAGAGACGCUUUUCAGACAUAGUCUAUCACCCCUGGAAGAAAGAGAAAGAGGAGACGGGCAACCAGACCAGAGAGAUCAUGUACACCAUCUCCCUCACCAACCCCCUGGCCCCCAAGACAGCCACCGUGACUGAGACGCAGACGCUGUACAAGGCCAGCCAGGAAAGCGAGUGCUACAUCAUAGAUGCCGAGGUGAUAGCACACGACGUCCCCUACCAUGACUACUUCUACACCCUAAACCGCUACGUGCUCACCAGGGUGGCCAAGAAGAAGUGUCGGCUCAGGGUAUCCACAGAGCUGCGCUACAGGAAACAGCCGUGGGGGCUGGUCAAGGGCUUCAUCGAGAGGAACUUCUGGAGUGGCUUGGAUGAGUACUUCAGACACUUAGAGCUGGAGCUGAGUAAGGUGGAGGUGGUCCUGGCCGAGCCCCACAGACAAUCCCCCAAGGCCAGGGCUCUACGGGCAGGGGCAUUGAGGCGACGGAAACGGCCCCUGGUCCACCUGCGGCCCCCACACAUGGACGAAGCCCUCAGCUCCGUCACCACGCCCGAGGACGAGGAGGUCACCCACCGCCACCGGAUCAAACACGUGGCAGCAGGUUCCACUCAAACCAGGUACAUCCCGGACAAUGUCCCAGGAGGCCUAGCGCUCUACAGUGUCUCCAAGCUACUCCUCAUCAUCAGCUUUGUGAUCUGUAUAAGCCUAGUAUUGUUGGUGUUUCUGAACAUGAUGCUUUUCUAUAAGCUGUGGAUGCUGGAGUACACCACACAGAGCCUGACCUCGUGGCAUGGCCUACGACCACAAGAAAGUAAACUUCCACAGUCGCAGCUGGAGUGGGCCCAGCUUCUGCAGUCGCAGCAGCGGUACCAUGACGAUGAGCUGCAGAAAUGGAAGGAGAUCAUCAAGUCGUCGGUGACGUUGCUGGACGAGAUGAAGGACUCACUACUAAACCUGCAGAAGGGCAUGGGCUUAAGAGACUAUAACUCUGAAUCGGAGGAGAAGAGGAGUCGAUAUCACUGACAAACAGACAAUCCUAAACCACCAGCCAGGACAUUAUGUGCAAUAUCUAAGGAACCAUUUAUGGGAAAGUCUUGGGAAAAGUCUUAGGAAAACAAGAGAAAUAUGUUUUCUUGCACGGGGGAACGACAACAGGUCUCCCAGAACGACCGACUCCACUCCCACCGCCCAACGUCUGGCAGAAAGUUACCUCAUCACCACCAGGACAGGAUUGGGGCGGACGCCGUCUGCACCGUUGCAUCAUGGGAAAAGACAGUGGUGCCAUGACCUACAUUGGCCUAAACUCUGACUUUUUUAUCACCUCGUUCUCGGAGAAUGUUGUAUUGUAAAGUGUUUUGUUUUGUUUGUUUUUGGGGGCCACGUACAGACAAAGCAAAUAUAGAAGGGAUGGGUCAGUGAAGCUUGCAUUUCUUUUCUCCGUCGGUGAAAAAAAUAAAGUUUUCGGUGGA